UACCUAGGAACUAGCGUGCCUGUGGGGAAAAAAAAAAAAAAAAAAAAAAAAAAAGGAAGGGCAAAAGGGAGGGAUGGGGAGGAGGAGGAGGAAAGGAAAAAGGGGAGGAUGGGAUAGGGAACGGGGGAUUGGGGGGUAAUUAGGUUCGGUCUGAGGAAGGAGACCGACAGGUCUAAUUCCUCAGACCAAGAGCCUCUUCACCACGCCAAGGAGCCCCCCUUGAAGAGGUAACCCCCUAUAAAAAUUUUCAUAAAACCCACAAGAGAUGUCAAAUACGUAAGCCCAACAUCAAGGAGACAGUUUUUAACGAGUCCAUGGACAUUGUUCAUCAGAAUUACGAAUAGUAUGUAGCAAACGAGUGUCUUUGGGCAAGUGUCCAGGGCGUUUCAAAUAUCAAGGCUCAAGCCACGUUAACACACAGUAACAAGACUGUGUUAGUCCAUUAGUAAUUACCAAGUGACAACCAUCCCCCUCCCACCAGUAACAACUAAUUACUCACCCCAAAAUACCCCUCCACCAGCAGCCAACCCCCGGCCCUUUCCCUAACGACCUUCCUUCCUCCCCACAAACAACCAUUGACGUCAUCACAUCCCUCCCCCCAGGUCAAUGGCACCAUUUAGCCAUGGAGGUCAAGAAUAGUGGCGCCACUAAUCACUCCUCUGCCAUCCACCUCCAGCUCCUCCAGUUCCAUCAGCCUGUGACAUUGUUUUGGUGUGUUGCAGCUGAUGACAUCCCUGAAGACUUGCAACUGCCCACAACACGGACUUCACCACACAGCAGCUGCCCACAACACGGACUUCACCACACAGCAGCUGCCCACAACACGGACUUCACCACACAGCAGCUGCCCACAACACGGACUUCACCACACAGCAGCUGCCCACAACACGGACUUCACCACACAGCAGCUGCCCACAACACGGACUUCACCACACAGCAGCUGCCCACAACACGGACUUCACCACACAGCAGCUGCCCACAACACGGACUUCACCACACAGCAGCUGCCCACAACACGGACUUCACCACACAGCAGCUGCCCACAACACGGACUUCACCACACAGCAGCUGCCCACAACACGGACUUCACCACACAGCAGCUGCCCACAACACGGACUUCACCACACAGCAGCUGCCCACAACACGGACUUCACCACACAGCAGCUGCCCACAACACGGACUUCACCACACAGCAGCUGCCCACAACACGGACUUCACCACACAGCAGCUGCCCACAACACGGACUUCAUCACACAGCAGCUGCCCACAACACGGACUUCACCACACAGCAGCUGCCCACAACACGGUCUUCACCACACAGCAGGUGUCCACAUGGAGAAUAUCUUCAACCUACAAGAUUCGAUAAACUUAAAAGCAUUAAUUAAAAUGUAAUAAUAAAAGUCUAUGUAAAAUCAAGGGGGUCUAGGUAAGAUCAAGACUCUCCCUCCCAAGACUCACGAAAUCGUAAUGACACGAUUGCAAACAAACCAUACCACGGGUGGGGUUUGAACCCACGCGCAGUCAGUGUCUCAACCGACCGUCUAGUUUUGAGACACCGACCGUGGGUUCAAACCCCCUCUGUGGUAUGGUUUCUCCCUACCAAGAUGCUCUAAUACAGACUCUGGAGUCGUAAGCGCUAAACCCACAUGGUUAUGCUACUGAAAAUAUUUUUGGGACGUCAAAGCAUAAAAUUACUUGGCCAGGUCCUCUACAACCCUAUUGAAAAUAGGAAGAUGUGGUUAAUUUAACAUUUUCGAGGAAUUAUUGAUUUUCUGGCUAUAAUAAAUUCUGCCUAAGGAAAAUUUAUCCCGUCAUAUGAAGCUAAACCUUUGGUUGUGUUGUUUUAAAAACAGGUUAGACAAAUGAGUGGUUAAGAUUUCGUUCGGAUUUUUAACCUCGGAGGGUUAGCCACCCAGGAUAACCCAAAAAAGUCAGUGCGUCAUCGAGGACUAACUUAUUUCCAUUGGGGGUCUUCUAUCUUGUCCCCAAGGAUGCGACCCACACCAGUCGAGAGUUGGACCUGCCUAGCAUGGAUCAAUGGGCCUGCUUCAGUGCUCUGUCUUAAUAUAUAUGCCUGAUUUAAUAGGCUUUCCUUACACCCGGCAUCAAGACCUUUGCCAUUACCCUCAUCAGUUAGUUUAAUAUCAUUAUGCACCCCAUACGCAUCCUGUGGGCGGUAGUCAAAAGAUUACAGAGGUACGUAUGGGUCAGAGACUGGACCCCUAAGUUAUGAUAGCUGAACUAGUUACAGGGGUAAUGAACUCCAGGUAGAUCUGGUCACAAUCAUGACAAGUUACAAAGGUAAUGAACCAUCUACACUCCUAUACAUGGUUACAACCAUGAACAAAUUACAAAGUAAUCAGCCACUGACACGUCCACACCCGGUCACAACUGUAAUGAGUUAUAAAUACAAAUAUUAAGUGGGUCAUACACCCACACGAGUGCACGCACACUAAAUUAUCGUAGUAUAAUUAUUAACCCGGUAGAUUAACACAGAAUUACCCAGUCAAGUAUGCCCAAGCUUACUGCAGUGUUCCUCCUUUAUGUGAAUAGUGCCAUUAGAUAUAAAGUAACAUGCCCAUUUGUGCCUGGGAUCGAAUUCCUUUUCUUCAGUUGACGCCACUACCAACUGAGCCAUGAUAUAUCAUUUACACAUUUCAUCUUUGCUUCCUACACUCGUGCAGGAUGGGCAUAGGCUGCGUAAUAAAGAUAUUAGACUAAAACUUCAUAAAAUCUAAUCAGUAUUCAGUUCUAAGCUUCACAACUCCAAUAUUUAUUUCCACCCCAUUCAAGGUAACCUAUAGAAUACAUUCCUCAUUGUUUCCUGGCCAGAGAUUUCAUCUCUGGUCAGGAGAUAAGCUAAUACUUCUCACUAAGCUACUUUUGAUAUCAAUGUUAAACCUAAAACCCAAUCUAACUUUAUUAUUUUUUAAAUACACUACCUAACAGAAUACUCCAUAUGACUGAAUGUACAACAAUGCAUGCAACCAUAUGACCUGUCUUUGUAAUACUCACUUGUGCUUUAUAGUUAUCUGUUUACAUUAAUGUUUUAUCACUGAUUUCAUCAUUGCUUAGUUAAUCUUAAGUUAAUUUUAAGCCAGCCCGUAAUGCUAUGCAUAGUAUAAGUGGCUUUGGCAUGCUGCUCUUAUCUGUAUUUUUUUGUACCUCUGUAUGUGUGCUCAAAUUGUUAAUAAAUAAAAUAAAUAAAUAAAU